UUCGUCUGAGUGACAGCAGACCUGCAGUCGAGAAAAGUCUCUCUGUUUCUCUCCAAAGAAAAAGUUGACUUUCUCAACAACACAGCAGAAUCUCUGCCAAACACCCAGUGUAGAUAUGUCUGCUGCCAGCUGUCUGCUAUCUGAAGAUCAGUUUCUGUGCUCCAUCUGUCUGGAUGUGUUCACUGAUCCAGUCACCAUACCAUGUGGACACAACUUCUGCAAAAACUGCAUCAGUCAACACUGGGAUAUUAAUGUCCCGUGUCAGUGUCCCAACUGUAAAAAGACCUUCUACUCUAGACCUGAGCUGCAGGUCAAUACUUUCAUCUCUGAGAUGGCUGCUCAGUUCAGACAGUCAGCUCAACAGAAAGCCAGCAGCAGCAGCUCAGAGCAACAAGCUGCCAAACCAGGAGAAGUUCCCUGUGACGUCUGCACUGGAACCAAACUGAAGGCCCUGAAGUCCUGCCUGGUGUGUCUGGCCUCCUACUGUGAGACUCACCUGGAGCCUCAUCUGACAGCUUCACAUCUGAAAAGACAUCAGCUGAUCGACCCCGUGGAGAACCUGGAAGGCAGGAUGUGUAUGAAGCACGAUAAACUGCUGGAGCUGUUCUGUAAGACCGAUGAGAUGUGUGUCUGCAUGCUCUGCACUGUUUUAGACCACAAGACACAUGAUGUUGUUCCUCUGAAAGACGAAUAUGAAGGAAAGAAGGCCGAGCUGGGGAAGACAGAGGCUGAAAUUCAGCAGAUGAUCCAGAAGAGACAACUGAAGAUUCAGGAGAUGAAACAGUCAGUGGAACUCAGUAAGGAAGAUGCAGACAGAGAGAUAGCAGAUGGUGCUCAGGUCUUCACCGCUCUGAAGGAGUCUGUUGAGAGAAGCCAGGCCGAGCUCAUCGACACAAUCCAAGAGAAGCAGAGAAAGACAGAGAAACAGGCUGAAGGCUUCAUCAAAGAGCUGGAACAGGAAAUCUCUGAGCUGAAGAAGAGAAGCACUGAGGUGGAGCAACUCUCACGGUCUGAAGACCACCUCCACCUCCUCCAAAGCUUCACGUCCCUGAACACUGCUCCACCCACCAAGGACUGGACAGAAGUAAGUGUCCGUCCACCUUCAUAUGAGGGGACUGUGGUGAGAGCUGUGAAUCAGCUGGAGGAGACGCUCAGUAAACAGAUGAAGAAGCUAUUUGAGGCCGAGCUGAAGAGGGUCCAGCAGUCUGCAGUGGAUGUGACACUUGAUCCUGAUACAGCAAAUCCCAAACUCAUCCUGUCUGAUGAUGGAAAACAAGUUAAGCAUGGUGAUGUAAGGAAGAAUCUCCCAGACAACCCAGAGAGAUUUGAUAAUUCUGCUUGUGUCUUAGCAAAGCAGAGUUUCUCUUCAGGAAGGUUUUACUACGAGGUUCAGGUUAAAGGGAAGACUGAGUGGGAUUUAGGAGUGGCCAGAGAGUCGAUCAACAGGAAGGGAAGAAUCACACUGUCUCCUCAGAAUGGUUACCGGACGAUAUGGUUGAGGAAUAAAAAUGAGUACAAAGUUUGUACCAAACCUAGAGUAUGUCUCUCUCUGGAGUCUCAGCCUGAGAAGGUGGGGGUGUUUGUGGAUUAUGAGGAGGGUCUGGUCUUUUAUGAUGUUGAUGCUGCAGCUCUUAUCUACUCCUUUACUGGCUGCUGCUUCACUGAGAAACUCUACCCAUACUUUGGUCCUUGUAAAAAUGAUGGUGGUAAAAACUCUGCCCCUCUGAUCAUCUCUCCUGUCAAUCACACUGAACACACUAUGGAUUUUCCAGUCGUGGAAUCAGAGCUGCAGUCGAAACAAGCCUCGUGUUUCUCUCUAAAGAAACAUUCAACUGAAUCCAGCAGGUUUUUAUCAACAACACAGCAGAAUAUCUGCCAAACACUGAGUGUAGAUAUGUCUGCUGCCAGCUGUCUGCUGACUGAAGAUCAGUUUCUGUGCUCCCUCUGUCUGGAUGUGUUCAAUGAUCCAGUCACCACACCAUGUGGACACAACUUCUGUAAAACCUGCAUCACUGGACACUGGGAUGUUAAUGUCCUAUGCCAGUGUCCCAACUGUAAAGAGGUUUUCAACACUAGACCUGAGCUGCGGGUCAAUACUUUCAUCUCUGAGAUGGCUGCUCAGUUCAGACAGUCAGCUCAACAGAAAGCCAGCAGCAGCAGCUCAGAGCAACAAGCUGCCAAACCAGGAGAAGUUCCCUGUGACGUCUGUACUGGAACCAAACUGAAGGCCCUGAAGUCCUGCCUGGUGUGUCUGGAAUCCUACUGUGAGACUCACCUGGAGCCUCAUCUGACAAGGUCAGCUCUGAAAAGACAUCAGCUGAUCGACCCUGUGGAGAACCUGGAAGGCAGGAUGUGUACGAAGCACGAUAAACUGCUGGAACUGUUCUGUAAGACCGACCAGAUGUGUGUCUGCAUGCUCUGCACUAUUUCAGACCACAAGACACAUGAUGUUGUUCCUCUGAAAGAAGGAUAUGAUGGAAAGAAGGCCGAGCUGGGGAAGACAGAGGCUGAAAUUCAGCAGAUGAUUCAGAAGAGACGACUGAAGAUUCAGGAGAUGAAACACUCAGUGGAGCUCAGUAAGGAAGAUGCAGACAGAGAGAUAGCAGAUGGUGUUCAGGUCUUCACCGCUCUGAAGGAGUCUGUUGAGAGAAGCCAGGCUGAGCUCAUCGACACGAUCCAAGAGAAGCAGAGAAAGACAGAGAAACAGGCUGAAGGAUUCAUCAAAGAGCUGGAACAGGAAAUCUCUGAGCUGAAGAAGAGAAGUACUGAAGUGGAGCAGCUCUUACUCUCUGAAGACCACCUCCACCUCCUCCAAAGCUUCACGUCCCUGAACACUGCUAUACCCACCAAAAACUGGACAGAAGUCAGCGUCCGUCCACCUUCAUAUGAGGGGACUGUGGUGAGAGCUGUGAAUCAGCUGGAGGAGACGCUCAGUAAACAGAUGAAGAAGCUGUUUGAGGCCGAGCUGAAGAGGGUCCAGCAGUCUGCAGUGGAUGUGACACUUGAUCCUGAUACAGCAGAGCCCUACCUCAUCCUGUCUGAUGAUGGAAAACAAGUUAAACAUGGUGAUGUAAAGAAGAAUCUCCCAGACAACCCAGAGAGAUUUGAUAAUUCUGCUUGUGUCUUAGCAAAGCAGAGUUUCUCUUCAGGAAGGUUUUACUACGAGGUUCAGGUUAAAGAGAAGACUGACUGGGAUUUAGGAGUGGCCAGAGAGUCGAUCAACAGGAAGGGACAAAUCACACUGUCUCCUCAGAAAGGUUACUGGUCAAUAUGGUUGAGGAAUAAAAAUGAGUACAAAUCUUGUACUAAGCCUCCAGUCUGUCUCUCUCUGGAGUCUCAGCCUGAGAAGGUGGGGGUGUUUGUGGAUUAUGAGGAGGGUCUGGUCUCCUUUUAUGAUGUUGAUGCUGCAGCUCUUAUCUACUCCUUUACUGGCUGCUGCUUCACUGAGAAACUCUACCCAUACUUUAGUCCUGAUCUUAUCUAUGGUGGUAAAAACUCUGCCCCUCUGAUCAUCUCUCCUGUCAAUGACACUGAGUAGAACAACCAAAGAUUCACUUUCAUUUGAUGUAAUAAAUGUGUAUUUAUUGGUGAUAUACAAUUUAUACAUUGUUGUUUUUACAGAUUUUAUCCUGAAAAUGUUUUUAUUUGAUGUGUCACAUUGCUACUUAUUACUACAAAAACACAGAUUUUACCACACUGAUUGAUAUAACCUAAAGUAGUCUAAUUUAUUCUAAUAACUGCAUUACCUGCCUUCAAGACUGUUAAAUCAUCAAAACAAAAAUUUGCAGAAAUCAGAAGCAUUUGUACGUGUCAAAUUCAAAUUGUUUGUUAUCUGAUCAUUGUGUAUAUUAGAAAUGUUGCAUUCUGGCACAAAUUACUUAAAAGCAGUUUAUGAAUAAUACAAAAGUAAUUUACUUUUCUCUCUUUUUUUUUUAAAUAAACAAAAGCAAACUAAA